AUGGGGCCGAAGCGAAAUCACAAUGCCGUGACGGCCGGUGAUGAUAAUGAGUUGUCGUAUCCGUCAUCAAACAAGCGACGCCGAGAACAGCAACCCUCCAAACCAAAGCAGGUCGAGGGUAAACCCGAUCCCACCUACGGCCAGCGAACUGCCUUCCCGGGUCUCGAUGACGAUGGAUCCGCCCAGUUUUCAGAUGACGAUCUCGAAUUCGAACAGAAUGCUGAGGCACUCGCCUACCUAAGAGCAGUCCGGGCUCCGACGCCAUCGACCGCAGCAUCUACGCCGACGGCGUCGGCGACUCACGAGGCUACUACCACGAUGGCGCAACGCCGCCCUCCGCAAAGCCUAUUUCGCUUCGCUCACCGCGCGCUUCCUGCGCCUCCGCGCCCUCCUCCACCAAACCCCGUCCGCAUCGGCCAUUGCCAGCCCUGCCGCGGAGACCACGGCACCGAGGUCGGCUCGUUCGGCGCCAACUCGUGGACCUUCCGCGUGUGGACCAAGCGCAUCCGGCACACCGACCCGCUGCCCGCGCAGAUCGCUGCGCUGAAGCGCCAGAGCGUGCUGAAGCUGCUGCGCGUCAUUCUCGGCGGCAAGUUCAUCCGCCGCGGCUACGAGCUCCGUCCGCGCACCAGCCGCUGGAUCUGGGCCCUGCUCGCGCGCCUGCCGGACCAGGGCGAGAUGGACUACGUUGAGGUGGGCUGGGUGCGGGAGCUGGGCAAGAGGGCGGUGCUGAUGAUGGUGAGUAUCGCGCAUAUGGAUGCGCUGAGAGAGGAGGUGGAGGGGGAUUUGGAGGGGAAUAUCGAUGGGGAUGACGAAGAGGAGUUUGUCGAGGAAAUGGUGUUGGACGAGGAUGGGGAGGAGCACGCCAUUUCUACGUCGACGAAGCCGCAACCCCCCGCCGCUGUUACCACUGAUGCCGAUAACGGCGAAGGCCAAGACGGGGAGAUGGAUAUGGACAUUGAUGAGGGCGAGGUCACUGACGACGACGCGCCCUCGACUGCCGGUAACAAGGACAUUGCCGCUGACAUUGCGGCCGCCAAGGCCCGACUGCUGGCGCGGCUCGAGGAGAACACGAGCACACAGCAAGAAAAGGUCCUAGUCGCAGCCCAUGCCGACACCCCUGAGGACCGACCGAAUGGCAGCAGCGACGAGGAAACGGCCACCAUGGACGAGGCCGAAGCCCGGGCCAAUAUGCGGGCGACCCUGAACAUGGUCCUGACCGUGGCCGGUGAGUUCUACGGACAGAGGGACCUGCUCGAGUUUCGGGACCCUUUUCCCGCGCUGUAA